CGCCUUCAACUUGCAUGGUCGCGUGCUCCUUUCUGUCAAGCAUACAUCCCCCCGCUUGAGUCCAUGUUGGAGUGCUCCUCUUGAUACUGCUCUGGACUGCACACUGACCCACAUGCAAAGCUGAAAGACCUGGCGCGAAGGCGCAGCGAUCAUGGCAAGCUCGCGUGCUGCGCGAAGCCUGCAAAGGCUUGCCCUUAACGCACCUCGGACUGCUGCAAGCAGGAUAACCCAACAUUUCAUUCCAGCGUCGACGUACUGCUACCACAAACCCCGGUACUUCGCAGUAUCAGGCCGCCGAUGUCUUGCGGAGGCGACAGAUGCUUUCCCGUCUCAGCUAGCCAACACACCUCCCGAACUCUUGUCACGUCCGGUUUCUACGCCUACUAUCCCUCAGACCUUGACUGAGAAGAUUGUACAGAGGUACAGUCAAGGGCUGGGCGACGGCAAGUUUGUCAAAUCUGGCGACUAUGUGACACUGGCACCGCAUCGUUGCAUGACCCACGACAACUCAUGGCCCGUUGCCACAAAGUUCAUGUCGAUAGGCGCAAGCAGAAUCCACGACCCGCACCAAAUCGUUAUGACCCUCGAUCAUGAUGUGCAGAACAAGAGUGACAAGAAUCUGAAGAAGUACAGUCAGAUCGAGGAGUUUGCUCGCACUCAAGGCGUAGACUUCUACCCUGCUGGUAGAGGCAUUGGGCACCAGAUCAUGGUCGAGGAGGGCUAUGCAUGGCCUGGUACCAUGGCGGUGGCGAGUGACAGUCACAGCAAUAUGUACGGUGGUGUUGCAUGCUUGGGAACACCUGUGGUGAGGACGGAUGCCGCCUCCAUCUGGGCAACUGGCCGGACAUGGUGGCAGAUCCCUCCAAUUGCCAGAGUGAACUUUACUGGUAUCCUACCGGAAGGCGUGACGGGCAAGGAUGUCAUUGUAGCUUUGUGUGGACUGUUCAACAAUGACGAAGUCCUUAAUCAUGCCAUUGAGUUUACCGGUGACGCCACCACAAUGCGUAGCUUGCCCGUUGAUGAUCGCUUAGCCAUCGCGAACAUGACCACCGAAUGGGGCGCGCUGUCUGGCCUUUUCCCGAUCGAUGAUGUACUGAGAGGCUGGUUACGGUUCAAGGCUACGGAAGCGAGCAUGUACAAGUCGCCCUCUCCGACUGCGAGUCUGACGAGCGAACGGUUUAACCAUCAGAGACUGGACGAGUUAUUUGCCAACCCGCUUACAGCCGACAAGGGCGCACGAUACGCUAAGGAGCUGUUUCUUGACCUCUCCACACUGAGUCCGUACGUGUCCGGCCCCAACUCUGUAAAGGUGGCGACACCGUUAGCGGAGCUGGAACAGCAAGACAUCAACAUCGACAAAGCGUACCUUGUGUCAUGUACCAACAGCAGGAGAAGCGACAUUGCGGCCGCCGCUAAAGUCUUCAAGAAUGCUUCAACCACCGAUACCGAUGGCAAGGUCACACCUGCCAAGAUCGCUGAAGGCGUCAAAUUCUACAUCGCUGCAGCCUCAUUACCCGAGCAACAAGCGGCAGAAGAGCAGGGCGACUGGCAAGCCUUGCUGGAUGCUGGCGCACAACCCCUCCCGUCCGGCUGCGGACCGUGCAUUGGGCUAGGCACCGGACUGCUCGAGCCUGGAGAGGUAGGCAUUUCGGCUUCCAAUCGCAACUUCAAGGGUCGUAUGGGUAGCACUGAUGCGAAAGCAUACCUGGCCUCGCCGGAAGUUGUUGCAGCGAGCGCACUUACUGGCAAGAUUGCCGGACCAGGCUGGUACCAGCGGCCGGAAGGCUGGAAUGGCGUGAGUAACGGCGAGGGUGAUGGUAUAGAAGAAGCAGACCGUAUGAUCUCGAUAGAGGACGCACUUGACAAGCUCGUACGUGAAGCGGAGGAGGCCGUCAAAGAAGGUGAAAGCCGCCUUGCCAGCUCAACCGAGGGUGCUGCGACGGGCGGCAUGUCGAGCUCUCUGCCGCUGCACGCUAACACCGCAAGUGAAGCAAGAGAAAUGACACUGACGGAGAUUCUGCCCGGAUUCCCGGAGAAGGUCACAGGCGAGAUUGUUUGGUGCAAUGCGGACAACGUCAAUACCGACGCCAUCUAUCCCGGCAAGUACACAUAUGACGACGCUUUCUCCUCCGAUCCUGCUAAGAUGGCCACCGUCACUAUGGAGAACUAUGAUCCGAACUUCACCUCCGUUGCUAAGGCGGGCGACAUCCUGGUCAGCGGCUUCAACUUUGGCUGCGGAAGCAGCAGAGAGCAGGCCGCCACCGCCAUCCUAGCCAAGGGCAUUCCGCUUGUAGUAGCAGGCAGCUUUGGCAACAUCUUCAGCCGUAAUAGCAUCAACAACGCGUUAAUGGGCGUCGAAGUGCCCAAGCUCAUUGAGCGCUUACGAGCUGCUUUCUCCGGCAAGACUGCUUCGGCGACAGGUCAAGCGGGCAAAGCAGCCAUCACGGAGCCAUCCGAGAAUUGGCAGAGUCUGGACUCACCACCACCGGCUCCUCAAUCGAAGCUGGAGAAGCAGGACUUGACUGUGAGGACUGGCUGGACGUUUACGUGGGAUGUGCGGCGGAGUCAGGUCGUUGUCAGGGAAGGCGAGGGCGGCCAGGAGUGGACGCAGAAGGUUGGUGAGUUGCCGCCCAAUGUACAGGAGAUCAUUGCUAGGGGCGGGUUAGAAAAGUGGGUGCAGAAGGAGAUCGCUCCAGGCUUGUGAGUGACUGAAUACUUCAUGUCGGUGCAUUGCAUAGCGUCAGGCGUUGCUUAAGCUCUUGAGCAGCGAGCGAGUUUCCCAGCAAGCGUGCUGACUCCGGACCAAGUUUCUGUGAUAUAUUGCGACGAGAAACCUGCCUACCCAAUGAAUCACUGGUGCCACAGUUCCCGAAUGUGUUUCUUCCGAGUCGUUUCAUGCAUGGAGUUGGCCAGGAUAUCAUUAUGAAAGGGACGCCAGCGAACGAUUGUUAGCUUCAACAUACACCGCCAGGAUGGAGUUGUUGAACACGCAGAGACAAAGCCUUUACUUGGUACCGAGUCACGAUUCGC